AUGAGCAUGAGCGAUCGGGACAGGCUGAUGAUUCACCAGGCCUCGCUCAAGCAGAAGGGGGAAUCCACGCCGAGGAAGGGCAGCAAGCGCGUGCGAAAGGCCAUCAAGAACGCCAGGGGCCUCAUCAGCGACCUUUUCCAGAGGGAGAGAUUCUCGAUGUGGUUGGUUUAUGAGCAAGGUGCAUCAUCAAAGGAGGAGAAGCCUCUGGAUUCUGCUCGAGGUUCGAAGACUGGAAAACCUCCCCCCCAUCCACAGAGCCAGUCUGGGGUGAAUGGGCAAACGAGCAGUGCCGCCAGGCAGAAUUGUAGGCCAAAAACAGAGACCAAGGGAAGAAGCCCAUUGCCACAAGACAUUGUGCAUAUUGACCCCUUGGAUAGCAUAGGGUCACUGAGUGAGAGUGAAGCACUGGCUGAGGAGAGAAGUACUGCAGCUUCAGGCCGGCAGAAGACAGCUCUCGAUACCCUCAGCACUAUUGGCUCCGAUGAGAACUGGGACGAAUUUGAUCGGAAGCCAACCGUCAUCAACACUUUCGACGACGUCGCAGCUAUGGUGCAACCGGGGUUGUUCAUUGGAGCCUUUCUUGCUGAGCAAAACAGGGUUGAACUUGAGAAGAAGGGGAUCACACAUGUGCUACAGGUUGGUGAUAACCUGGCGCGAAGUUAUGAGGGAGUGUUUCAUUACCACACCAUCAGUGUCUCAGACACUGAAUCUGCUGAUCUGUUGCUCCAUUUCAACGAGUGUUUUGAGUUCAUCGACGCUGCACGAAAAUCUGGAGGUGGCGUUUUGGUCCACUGUUUCGCUGGCAUCUCUCGAUCGGCAACUGUGUGCAUCGGUUACUUGAUAUGGAAGCUCAACCUGAGUCUUGGGGCGGCAUACAGUUUAGUGGAGAGUGCCCGAAGUUGCACGCAGCCCAAUGAGGGAUUUCGCAAGCAACUUCAGGUGUUUGAGAACUUGGGUGGUGACCUUGACUUGCUGGAGCAGUGGUGUUCGCGCAACAAGGGCUUCAACUUCAGUGACUUGUCUUCGGACCCGUCGGGCAGGGAUAUGGACUCCGAUGACUUCGAUUUGUGA